AUGUUACUCAAGUACCUAAAGCACACAGUUGGUCAAGGAGUCUUAUUCAAAUCAAAUUCUAACACUAAGCUCUAUGCUUAUGUUAAUGCUGAUUGGGGCGCAUUAUCUCAUCAAAAGGCAUCCACUAAUGCACUAGUUUUGGGUCUAUGUUUAGCAAUCAACAUGGCUCUGCCAACACUCGCAGCUAUCCACACAGUCGGAGACACUUCAGGUUGGACAAUUGGCACUGAUUACAGCACAUGGGCUGGUAGCUUGACCUUUGUAGUUGGUGAUAGUCUUGUUUUCAACUAUGGAACUGGUCACAGUGUGGAUAAAGUUAAGAAAAGCGAUUACAAGACAUGCAGUGUGGGCAAUUCAUUGAGUACAGAAAGUAGUGGCGCAACAACUAUUGGCCCUAAAAGUGUUGGCACUCAUUACUUCAUAUGUUCGAUUCCUGGGCAUUGCAAAGGUGGCAUGAAGCUUGCUGUUGCUGUAAAGGCUAGAAAAGCCACUGCUCCUGCUGUGUCACCAUCAUCUAGUAAAGACUCACAUUCUGAUGAAACCACAGACACACCCACUAAUAACACAAAAACCAAAACCGAACCAUCCAACUCAUAUUCAUCAAAUAAGUCAUCAGCAACUGGUCUCUCACCAAUUGUGGCUAUGUUGGCUGUUUCUUUGAUCUCCUACUAUGUGUUGUGUCUUGCAUCAAUUUUCCCAGAGUCAGGAGUCGGGACAGAGACAAAAAAGGGCAAUGGCAAUGAACCAGGGACGACCAUGGCUACCCACGCUCAAAGCGUAACUGAGGUUGCUCCUCAACCACUUGGAGGGAGUGGCGGCAGAUCUACAACCUACUCGUUAAAUGAAGAAGAAGAAUGA